AUGUUGGCCGGGUUUUCUGGGCUGGUCUUAUUAGCCUUAUUAAACCAUACUUCUGCGUGCACUUUGAAGGACUUGAAUGUAACAGUCGGAGGCCGAAUCAAGCAUCUCACUCCUUUCUCUUUACCUUGCUUCUCCAGUUAUAAUGGGAAACCGGUGAUCCGCGACAAUACUGCCUGCGCUGCUAUCCAGACGAACUACUCAGAUCCAUGGCUGCGGACAAACUCCCCUAAUGGAUACAUGAACAAUCAGGAUGAGAUGUGGGCAUCUGAUCCCCGUAAUCAGUGCCUCCUCGACAGCAACAAUCCCACAGAUCCCCUGGCAUUUGAAAAUGUCACCUGCCGCCAGGGCAAUCUACCCUCUCACUAUCUUGAAGUGCGGGGCGCAAGGGAUGUGGUUGAAGCUUUCCAAUUCUCCAACUGCUCCGGCAAGCAGCUCGUCAUCAAGAACAGUGGCCAUGAUUACCUCACCCGUAGCAGUGGCCAUGACACGCUAUCUCUUUGGACUCGAAACCUGCGAUCUCUGCACUACAGUGCGGACUUCGCCCCCCGCGGCUCCAAAAAUCCUGCUCUCAGAUAUCCAGCCAUCACCGUCGGCGCCGGAGUCAACUUCGACGAGGCGUACCAAUUUGCUCACAAGAACAACGUAGCCAUACUCGGUGGUUACUCACCCACCGUCGGUGUCUCAGGGGGCUGGGUCCAAAACGGCGGCCAUUCCAUCUUAAGCCCUGUGUAUGGUCUUGGUAUCGACCGUGUCCUUGAAUUCAAGGUCGUUACCCCAGAUGGUGUCUAUCGUACUGCGAACAAAUACCAGAAUCCCGACCUCUUCUGGGCUCUCCGCGGUGGCGGUGGUGGAACUUUUGGCGUAGUCCUCGAAAGUACCCACCAUGUCGAGCCUGCUAUCCGCUUUGUCGCCGCCAACAUCAAGUUCCCCAGCAACUCCACCAAUAUGCUUCCAUUCAUGGAGAUUGUCGUCAACAACACCCUUAAGUGGGGACAGGAAGGAUGGGGCGGCCACAUCACCGGUAACACACUCGUCAACAUUUCUCCAUUCCUCUCUAUCAAGGAAGCCAAUAUGUCUAUGGCAAGCGUAAUCGCCUACGCUAAAGCAAACGGCGGCUCCGCUACUAUCGAAGAAUUUACUUCUUGGUACCCAUUUUAUGAGAAGUACGUCAAGACCACCUCUGUUGCUGUUGGCGUCACUCGCUUCCCCGGAAGCCGACUGAUCCCCCGCUCCAUCUUCAAGACCCCUGAGGGUCGCAUGAAUCUCAUGAAUUACUUCGCAACUAUCCAAUCGCUGGGCCAAACACCUUACAUUCCCGUUGUCGGACCAGUAUUGUACAACUACACCGAAGGGUCGACCAGUGCUUCUCCCGCCUGGCGCCAGGCUAUCUGGGAACUGGGAUCGGGUGCCUCCUGGGAGUGGAACGCUACACUUCCAGUUCGGAGGCAGAAGGUCAAAUCCAUUCAGAACAUGACGGCCAUUAUUGAGAGUAUCACCCCUGGCAGUGGCGCCUACAGCAACGAGGCCAACCCGUUCACUGCUAACUGGUCCGAGGCGUGGUGGGGUGAUAACUAUAAGAAAUUGGUGAGCAUUAAGAAGAAAUAUGACCCUCAAGGUUUGUUGAGUUGCUGGAAGUGUGUUGGUUGGAAGGAGUCACAAAUUGCCGAUUCGCCCUUUGCUGGGCUGCUUUGA